AGCUUGCUUGCCCCACCCCAUCUCUCUCUCCCUUCUCUAUAGAUCUCAAUAAAUAUCUCCCUCUCUCGCUAAGAGAAAUGCAAGAGAGAGGAGAAAAAAUAAAUUAGGGGAAAAACUCGCUAGUGGGGGGCCAGUUUUGCUUGGGGGGGAGACCAAACCGGCUUUUACUUCUCUCUCCCCCCCACCCCUCCCCGCCCCCCACUCCCUCUGUUUGCUGGAGAAGCCAAAGGAUUCAGCAGCCUGGAAACCUAAUGUGAAAAAGCAGCAGCAGCAAGGAAAAAAAGGGGGGGCCUUGGACUGGAAAAACCACCAUUAGGGAGGAAGAAGCAGCAGCAGCAGAAGAGGAAAACCCACACAGCCCAGAGAGGAAAAGGGACUUCUUAUCCAGCAGGGAGCUGGGGGUUGGAUUGACCCCUUUGAGUGCUUCAGCCCUUUGGAGAGGGGGGAGAGACAAGGAAGAGACAUUUCUAGAUUCUCUGUGAUCAGGAUUUGGGGAGGUUUCUCCGGCUGGAGCCUGUGCCUUGGAUCUAAGGAGGAUUUUUUUUUGUGGGGGGUGGACCUGCAACUGGAUUCGUGUGUGUGGAGGGGAAACGGGGGGGGGAUUUUUUUUUUAAAUCCGAACUAACCGGUGAUCCGGCCAGGGGUGCGGAGAUCCCCUAUUUUUUUUUCUCGGGAAAGGUGCAUUGAGGGGAUCGGAGUGGGUCUGGGAGGCAGGGUUAGGAGAAGCAGCAGCUGCAGCUGCUGGGGAGGAGGCCCGGCUGAGCAGCAGCAGCAAAGUCAUCGCCAUCGGCCCCCCCUUGGCUGGCUCCGCUCUCUCCAUGUCUCUGGGCAGCGGCAGCCACAGCAGCGAGUAAAGGGGGGGGAGGAGGAGGAGGAAGAAGAAGGGAGCCCGGGAGAGUGUCUCCCUCCCUUCCCUCCCUCCCCCCAGCAGCCCCAGCCGCCUCCUGCUCCCUUCCCCUGGUCCCCCCUGCCGCCCCCUCCCCAAGAUGGGCUGUUUAGGGAACAGCAAGACCGAGGAUCAGCGCAACGAGGAGAAGGCGCAGCGAGAAGCCAACAAGAAAAUCGAGAAGCAGCUGCAGAAGGACAAGCAGGUCUAUCGGGCCACGCACCGGCUGCUCCUAUUGGGUGCUGGUGAAUCUGGUAAAAGCACAAUAGUCAAACAGAUGAGGAUCUUACAUGUGAAUGGAUUUAAUGCUGAACGGUGUAAUGGGACACUUGCAUACAUGAUGGAGAAAAAAAUGAAAAUUCAGGAUAUUAAAAACAAUAUUAAAGAAGCUAUAGAGACAAUAGUGACAGCAAUGGGCAAUUUGGCACCACCAGUGGAGCUAGCCAAUCCAGAGAACCAGUUUCGAAUUGAUUAUAUCUUAAACUUAGCUAACCAGAUAGACUUUGAUUUCUCAGCAGAGUUUUAUGAACAUACAAAAACACUUUGGCAAGAUGAAGGUGUGAAAGCCUGCUACGAGAGGUCUAAUGAAUAUCAAUUGAUUGAUUGUGCACAGUAUUUUCUAGACAAGAUUGACAUAGUCAAACAAAAUGAAUAUACACCAUCUGACCAGGACCUGCUGAGAUGCAGAGUUUUGACAUCAGGAAUUUUUGAAACCAAGUUUCAGGUGGACAAAGUAAACUUUCACAUGUUUGAUGUUGGAGGGCAGCGAGAUGAACGCCGAAAAUGGAUCCAAUGUUUCAAUGAUGUGACUGCUAUCAUAUUUGUGGUGGCCAGCAGUAGCUACAACAUGGUUAUACGAGAGGACAAUCAGACCAAUCGGCUUCAAGAAGCGCUAAACCUCUUCAAGAGUAUCUGGAACAACAGGUGGCUACGGACCAUUUCAGUAAUUCUUUUCCUGAAUAAACAGGAUUUGCUAGCAGAGAAAGUUUUGGCAGGGAAAUCUAAAAUUGAAGACUACUUUCCAGAAUUUGCUCGCUACACUACACCAGAGGAUGCAACACCAGAGCCUGGUGAGGAUCCCAGAGUUACAAGGGCCAAGUAUUUUAUUAGAGAUGAAUUUCUUAGAAUCAGCACAGCAAGUGGAGAUGGAAGACAUUACUGCUAUCCUCACUUCACCUGUGCAGUGGAUACAGAAAACAUCCGGAGGGUUUUCAAUGACUGUCGGGACAUUAUUCAACGGAUGCACCUUCGCCAAUAUGAGUUGUUGUGAUGGAGAGCACUUUUUUCUGUGUUUUGGACUCCUUAUUCCUUAUUAAAAAAAAAAAAAAGAAAAACAAAAAAGAAACAAAAAAAAAACACCUUGCCCACAUAGGGUGGAAGAGAACUGUUGCAGUCUCCCUCUGAUUUGCACCCCUCAACUUUUUCUCCUUGCUGGACAAUAGCAGCACUUCUAAGCUUGCUUGUGUCCCCCUCAGACAGUUUGAAAUGGCACCUAAAAUUUAAAGGCCAUUUUCAUGGGGGGUUCCCUAACACUGUUGUUAACUAAAUAAAUUAAUUAAUUUAAGGCCCUGAAUGUGGAGCACCUGAAAGGAUUGGGGAUAAAAUUAAAAAAGUUAACAAAAAAAAAAAAGAGGAGGAGGAGAGAAAACCUUAGGUAAUUUAGCACUGUUGUGUGCAUAAUCAUAUAACCCAUGAUCUCAACUUUGUAUCCAUUCACUGCAUCAGACAAAAGAAGGUGCCAAGUCACAGACCAAGUUUGAAGACAGACACUUGAGUUUGGUUCUCUGACUGUAAUGUGGCUUUGAACGGAAAUACUGACAAUUCUACAACAGACCUAGACAGUGCAAAAACUAACCGCUACCUUUCAGAAGGGUAUUUUUAAAUCCAGUCUUGGUGGUCUUAAGAUGACCAUGGACGUUAAGAAUUGACCUGCGUAUGGCCUGUGAUUGCAGAAAGAGUUAACCACACACUGUUUUCCGUUUGUCCACUGAUGAUCCUGUCUGCUAUAAAAAUCAUUAUCUGGACUUUAGUCCUCACGGUCUUUCCCUUCUUUUUCUUCUCCCCGCCCUCAUUUUUUUAUUUUACUGCUGGAUUAUUAUUCUUGUACAGACUGUAAAAUGUAUUAUUUUGUACAACUUUAUUGAAAAAAUAACUUGUAGAAGAUCUUUGUGCCUUGAUUAUGGCUGUACCUGUACAAUGAGCUAAGAUGUAAGUAUGUUUGAUUGCGCUGUACAGCUUUGUCAACCCUAUCUGCAGCAUUAGCUCAAGGUAGGGAAAAUUUAUCUGUAGUUUAGUUUUUCUGGUUUAUAAAAGAAGGAAAAAUACUGUUUAGUAAAAAACAAAAAAAAACAAAAAAAAAGUACAAAUUGUGCAAACUUAACCACUUUAAAAGUGAGGUCUUCAACAAGUGACCAGAUGUUGCAGCAUCAUGCUUUUUAAUUUUUAGCUUUAAUUCAUUUAAAUCUCUAUCCAAAUGCAAAACAUGGCUUGUUUCUACAUAAACCAAAUUUUGCUACAAAUUAUAAAUGUUAGUCUUUGGUCAUUCAUAGUCCUUUUUGCAAAAGUCAAAAGCAGAACAAAAACAAACACAUAGGUAUCAUGCAGGUCUGGUGACCAUCUGUAGACUAGGCCAAAUACCCCACCAAACUCCGCUAUCUUGCAUGGGCAUAAUACUACGAGAAUGAUACAGUGUACACCGCCCUUGGAUUUGGCCACUGAAUUCCAGUUUCAAAUGACAUUUUUAUCUCUCUUUUAAUAAAGAGAUAUCUUAGAACCUUUUUAUUUUAUAUUAACUAUAUAAGUAGCUUAAAGUGAACAUGUGUGGAUUUUUUUCUUAAACUUGAAUAAUUUAUGCAAAUUAUAUGCUUAGAACAACAUGUGGUACAGUAAAAAGAAAAAAGAGCAAAAAUCACUGUAGCAAUAAGAGAGCAUGUAAUUUUAGUAACUACUACACUGCUUUAUAUUUUAUACCUAGGUGUUUUAUGUCUCUGUGAGUGUAUUACUUUUUCAUGUGUCUAAACCUAUGUGUACAAUUUGUACAAAGUCAAAAAUUACAGCUGUAAUAACACAUCUAGAACAGUGUUAGCAUAUAUUACUCAAACACCCUUCUCCGCUCCCUCCCUCCCACCUACUCCCCCCAAACCAAUCUGGAUCUUAACGCAGUGAAUUUUUUAAAAAUUACCUCUUUGCUUUCACACUAGCUUUUUUCACAAGACGUUAAUUUCUUUUUGGGAAGAGGUCCAGUUUAAAUUAAUGCUAGGGUGUGGCCAGCAAUGUCUGUGUGGCUAGAUUUGCUACAGGUACUGGAUGCCUUUUUAAUGUUACGAACUGUAACCAUGCAGAAUUGAGAAUGUUUUGUUGUUGUUGCUUUUGUGGCUUCCUUUAAUGAGGAAAUUAACCACCUAGUCCAUUUUCACACAUGCAGAAAGCAAGGACUUAGUGUUGGUAAUAUCUCAUUCCCCACUUGGUUCAGAAUGACUAGUGAUCUUUCAGAAGACGCUAAAUUGUCUUGAAGCUUUAGCUGCAAUGGCUAAUGAGAUUUGAAAAACCUGUCUGUCCAGUUCACAAGCUGGAAAGCUGCCAUCUGAACCUUGUGAAUCGGUAGAAGAGCUUGACCCAAAAUAGCCCUCACAUUCUUAGAUUGGAAUCACUACCUGUAGGUUAAGGGUUGGGGUUUCAAUAGGUAAAAGUGGGAUGAAAAAGAAAAGGAAAUAAAACAUGAGCCUUAAUUUUUGUUACAGAAGCCAAAACCUUUAAGUUUAGUGCCAACCCUUAUCUUUUUAAGCCUGGAGGAAGUUGGUGGAAGCACCAAAUUUAUAUACGGGGGGGGAGGGGGGAUCUAAUGGUAAGGGAUGUAAUCUCUGAUCUGAGAAAAAGAAAGCGCCUCCUCUUAAAAAUACAAAAACUAUGUCAAACUCCUUCCUCUGACAGUGACAAGGAUACACAAGCAUAUGUAACAAAGAAGAAAUAUAUAAGACAAUACCAUUUUAAGAAACUUUCCUAUAAAGCUUUAUAUGAAUGGAAAUGUUUAGGAGACGCUUUUUUUGAGCAAGAGUGAGAGAGAAGGCAAUGUAUUGAAAAGUCAGGUUGCACAUGUAUGGAGUGUGUGUGUGUCUUAAUGUCUCAGUAUUGCCUUUGUUAGUUUCUUCAGUAGUCCAUGCAGUUUGGUGGCCUGGUAAACGCAAGUCUUAUUUUUAACAGCGUUUCUUUUUUGUUUUGUUUUUAUUUUUAAUACAAAACCAUAAAGCUUUAAUGCUUGCUAUUUAAUUAGUAACUGUGUUUUCUUCUCUCUCUAAUUUAGUAGCCAUCAUUUGAAGUUAUUUGAACCAUUCCAACUUAACGCUUGCUUUUAUUUUCUUACUUUUAUUAUUUUCCCUCCCCAUCCCUCAUUUAUUUAUUUGAACUUCUUGUUUUCAUAAUUGAGGACUUUCACCUUUUGUCUCAUUCACCUGUUUGGGCAUUUCUGACCCUUACAUCCAAGACUUUGCUCGUUCUACUCAGUAUUCAUUGAUGCUGAAGUGUAAGAUACCUGCAAAUGUAAACACUACCACUUCUGUUAAUAAAAACCAAUACAGUGUUUUAGGGGCACGUUUGCAUCACUAUAGUUAAGGUUGUGUCAGUAUUUCCAUUAUAAACCCAUUGGGGGAGUCUAUACCUUGGCACCAAAUUGCCCCAGGCUAAAUCUUGCCAUACAAGGCUUCUGCUCCAGCACAAUUUGGAGGGUUGGUUUUUAAACAAUUUCCAACACAAACUUUUGGUUCUGUUUUAAAUUAUACAACUGUUUUGUUGGUCAGGGGUUGAGUUAAAAAAAAAAGAUUGGUUCAAGAUAUUUUUGGCACUUGUAUAACUCAAAAACGGUUUUGAUUUAAAACAUAACCUUUGGCAAGUCAGUAAUCUACCAUAUGAUCUGAUCACUUUGGGUAUUUUGUAAAAAUGAUGAUAAUAAAUUGUAGCAGUGUUGUGGUUUCAAAAUCA